AUGUACAAUCUUACUCAGCGAGUAAAUGCGAUAAUUGCAUUUGCAAUGACCGUCAUGUUCGGUCUUUUAUUAUCAAUAGCUAUAACUUCACUUUAUAUAACUUCUAAUCCAAUAGGCAAGGUUGACAUAAAUGAACUUAAUAUAUGGUUGUAUAAUUAUGCUAAUAAAGAAACCGAGUUCGCAUUCAUAGAAAUGAAUAUUGAUGCUGACUUGACCUCACUCUUCAAUUGGAAUACAAAACAACUAUUUAUUGCUGUCGUUGCUGAGUACGAGACUAAUUUACAUGAAUUGAAUCAGGUGGUCUUAUGGGAUUCCAUUAUUCAGUCAAAAGAAGAUGCUCACAUUAAAGGAAAUAAAGUGAGAAAUGAAAAAUAUGAAUUUGUGGAUAUUACACCUAGCUUUGGGUUAAUGAGCGGAAAUAUUGGAACAAAUCAAACAAUUCCAUUUCCUAGUCCAUUGAAUGAAAAAGCUUAUAGUUAA